AUGCCUCCAACAUGUAUGGCCGAUGUGAUUCGAUCUGUGAUCGAGCUGGGUGACCUUGAAGCCUUGCAGCGUGUGACCCCAGCAGACUAUGACUGGUCCGACUUCGUGAGCAAAACCUCGCGGCUGCCCUUGGUUCUGGUGAUGGUCACCGCCCCCGUCACUGAGACCGAAUCCCGGGUCAAGAUGCUAAACUGGAUGGUUCAAACAGGAGCGGACCCGUUCGAAAAGGAACCCACCAACGGUGCAUCAGAAAGCUAUGAAACCUGGCAAAAGAGCAAGGGAGAGGACUCGAAAAUCAAAGUUUCAUUUGCGGGGCAUUGUGCAACAACGUUUGCAUGCACAUUGUUGAAGGCCUUGCUCAGUUCACCAUAUGCCGAAGGCUUCCAACCCAGAAUCGAAGCUUACAGAGGCUUUGUGAAAGCACUUACCGCAGGCACAAAUAGGCCUUUGCAAAGCAACCUUUCAGUGCCUCAAAGUGUCGUGGACACGUGGGAGUCCAUACGGGAGAUGACUUCCACGCACAACGUGAUCUUUGAGACAGCGGAUGGAGAGGUGUCGGCUCACGACCUCGUUCUCCUUGCCGCCUCGCCCGUUCUGAAGGCCAUGCUGGAGUCCACCAUGAAGGAAGGCUCGAGCAAGCGGAUUCCUGUGAAGGACUCCUUGGGUUCUGGCGUGCGGCUUCUGGUGGAUAUGCUCUACACAAGCUCCACUCGCGAUGACCCGGACUACAAGACAGUACUGGUUGCUCUGGACUUGGCCCACCGCUGGCAAGCAACCGGCAUUGUGCCCGUGCUUGCAGGAAUUCUGGCAGAGAUGAUCACCAUCGAAAGCUUCGCCGCCAUCGCAGAAUCUGCGAUGCUCAAGGGCUUGGAGUCGUUGCAGGGGUUGCUGGGCAGGUCCGAGGCUCCUCCACCAGAGGACACCUUCGACAAGUAUGGCCUCAUUCCCGGCAACGCCAUCCUUGCAGAGGACAAGCACCAGCCUCUGUUCGCUGAGCUGGCCGCCAAGAAGGAUGUGGUCUACGUGGCUGGUGGCGCCACCCAGAACAGCAUCCGUGUGGCACAGUGGAUGAUUCAGGAGCCGGGCAAGACUGCCUACAUGGGCUGCAUCGGCGAAGACGACUUCGGCAAGAAGCUCAUUGAUGCCUGCAAGAAGGAUGGUGUUGAUUGCAAGUACAUGAUUGACAAGACCACGCCCACCGGUGCCUGCGCCGUGACGAUCAUGAACAAGGAGCGUUCCUUGACGACGAACCUGCACGCCGCAAACAACUACAAGGCCAGCCAUCUCCAGGCAAACAUGGACACGCUGAAAAAUGCAAAGAUCGUGUACAGCGCUGGGUUCUUCAUCACUGUCUCGCCUGAGUCCAUCGAGAUCGCAUCCCAGGAGACGCUGAAGACCGGAGCUGUGUACUGCUUGAACCUGUCGGCGCCCUUCAUUGUGCAGGUGCCUCCCUUCAGGGCCGUGCUGGAGAAGACUUUGCCCUGCUGCGAUUAUCUCUUCGGCAACGAGACGGAGGCGCGAGCCUAUGCCGAGGCAGUGGGCUGGGACACCGAGGAUGUUGAGUUCAUCGCGACGCGCCUGUCGCUUGUGCCCAUGGCAGGCAGCAAGCCAUACAGGAAGGUCGUCAUCACUCAGGGAGCCGACCCGACCAUUGUGGCCAUCCGUGGACAGGUGACCAAGUACCCCGUGAUCGCGCUGCCCAAGGAGAAGCUGGUGGACACCAACGGCGCCGGUGAUGCCUUCGUCGGCGGCUUCCUGGCGGCCCUGGCCAAGGGCAAGGACAUCGAGGCCUGCUGCAAAGCCGGAUCGUACUCCGCCUCGGUGGUGAUCCAGCACUCAGGCUGCACCUACCCUGCCAAGCCGGACUACACCAUCUGA